AUGGUAACAGGAGGUUCACACACUGAAAAACACUCUUGUUACAGUAAUGCGGAAGAAUUUGUGUUAAUGACAGACAAUAGCAGCAGUGUAUGCAUAGCUGACGAGGAUUCCGAAUGCCAAGCUGGUAAUGAAAGUUGUGGGACAAUCAAACAAAACAAAUACAACAACAAUAUGUAUCUUGUUCUGCUUCUUGCAGCUGCCUUUCUCAACCAAGCUUAUGCAGCAAGGCUUGCUCCAGAGUCUGCACCACAACUCUCCGCUACUAACUUUAAGUUCGGUGCUUUCAACCGUCAAAGUUGCAGCUCCUCCAGCAACCUUCUCUGCAGCGGCGCUGUUACAGCAGGUGAUGAAUUCUUAAGCCUUACGCCAGAUCCUUCACCAUUCUUUGCUUCUCAAGAUUCAAAUAGAAACAAGGUUGGAAGGCUUCUAUACCGUCUACCGGUGGUUGCUUGGCCGGCAUUUGUCUCUACUGCCUUCACAUUCAGAAUUGUGGGAGCCUCCAAUUCACCUUCCGGAGAUGGAAUGACAUUUAUUAUGGCUCCAGAUAAUAGUCCUUCACUAGAGGACAGCAAUGGCUUCAAUCUUGGAAUCGUGGGACAAGCAAGUACAGAUGUAGCUAGUGAUGAUAUUCGCCAAUUAGCAGUGGAGCUGGAUACUUACAAGAACGAUUUUGACAUUGAUGGGAAUCACAUUGCUGUUGAAACAACAAGUGUAGAAAAACCACUUAUCGCCAAGAGUCUCAAUGACAGUGGAAUUGACCUUAAAAGUGGCAAAGAUAUCAAGAUUCAAAUAGAUUAUAAUAGCUGGACAAAAUGGUUUGAAGUAUAUGCAGCAUAUGAAUCAGACCCACUUGUGAAGAUUUUAUCCCUACAAAUAGACAUCGCAGCUACGGUUAAAAACUCCAUGUAUGUAGGCUUCACAGCUUCAACUGGGUAUUUCACAGAAAGCCAUCAACUUCUCAGCUGGGAGUUUAAAUCUACAACAAAGUGA